ACAGGAAACAUGAGAAUCAGGAAGUAGAAAGUUUGUGAGAUAUGUUGUGUCGCCAAAACUCACUACUAUAGUAAAAAAAAAAAAAAGUUUAGGUCGUUUAAAGCCCGGAUACGCACAGAGUUCAAAGAAAAGCAGGUGUGAAAACGUGCUUACGAAGUCUAAGGUAGGAUUUAGUUUGAGUAAUACUGAAGGUGAAGCGCUUGUCUGCAUGGAAAUUCAGUCCGAACACGGGACCAGCUGAGGAGGCCAUGAAUCGAGUCCCCCUGCAGCAGCCGCAGAGCUGUGGGUCCUGGGAGCUGAAGGAGCGACUGGGCACCGGAGGGUUUGGGAAUGUCACAAGAUGGCAAAAUAAGGACACAGAGGAACAGAUCGCUAUAAAGCAAUGCCGUCAGGAGCUGAGCGAGAGAAACAAAGAAAGAUGGUGUCUGGAGAUCCAGAUCAUGAAGAGGUUGGAUCAUGUUAACGUCGUUGCAGCCAGAGAGGUUCCUGAGGGAAUGGAAAAACUGGUGGCAACCAAUGACCUACCACUGCUAGCAAUGGAGUACUGUCAGGGAGGGGAUCUGAGAAAGUAUCUGAACCUCUUGGACAACUGCUGUGGAAUGAGGGAGGGCUCCGUUUUGAUUCUGUUAUGUGACAUUUCUUCGGCUCUAACCUACCUCCAUAAGAAGAGGAUCAUCCACAGAGAUCUGAAACCAGAAAACAUUGUGAUGCAGCAGGGAGAGAAGAGAUUGAUCCACAAAAUUAUAGAUCUCGGCUACGCUAAAGAGCUGGACCAGAGCAGCCUUUGCACCUCGUUUGUGGGAACACUACAGUACUUAGCUCCAGAGCUCAUUGAGAGACGUAAGUACACGGUCACUGUGGACUACUGGAGCUUCGGGACUUUGGUGUUUGAGUGCAUCACAGGAUUUCGUCCUUUCUUACCAACCUGGCAACCCGUUCCUUGGCACCAUAAACUGAAGCUGAAGCAGGACAAUGAUAUUGUCGUCUAUGAGGACCUCACAGGGGAAGUUCGCUUCUCUAAACACCUGCCGCAGCCCAACAACCUCAACAGUCUGCUAUUAGAGAAACUGGAGAGGUGGCUGCAGCUGAUGUUAAAGUGGUCUCCUCAGGAGAGAGGCAAAGACCCCGAGGCUACACCCAGCAACUGCUUCUCCCAGUUGGAGCUCAUACUGCAGCUUAAGCUGGUUCAUGUGCUGAACAUGAUGUCUGCUAAGAUCCUGACAUACUCAGUGGCGGACGAUGAGACUGUGGCAGACCUGCAGCUGAGGAUAGAAAAAGACACCAAGAUCCCUGCAGCCAAUCAGGAGCUGCUUCUGGAGGCGGGGUUAGCCUUGGAACCUCAUGGACUGGCUACACAAUGCGCCGUAGAUUACACCGAGAUAGAUGGGCGACGGACAGACUUGCCUCUGGUCUUCCUGUUUGAUCGUUCCUCUUGCAAUUAUGAACCUCACUUCGCUCCUCGCACCCUUCCGGAAAACAUCCGCUUUGUCCAAACUGACCCUAAGCACCUCCUGCCUUACAGCCCUCUGAGGAGGACUUGUGGCCAGGCAUGGCACACCAUCCGCUCCCUAAAGGAAGACUGGCAAAGACUGCAGCAGGGGCAGAAAGCAGCCAUCAUGAGCCUGCUGAGACACAACUCUUCACUGUCCAAACAGAAGAAUGAGAUGGUGUCCAUGUACCAGAGACUCAUGGCCAAGCUUGACUUCUUCACCACCAGCCUUCACAUAGAUAUGGACAAAUACCAGGAGCAGACAGCCACCGGGAUCGCGUCAGAGAAACUCCUGUGCGUGUGGAGGGAGAUGGAGCAGACUGCUGUUAGCUGUGGUCAGGCCAAGGUGAGUGAACUGGAGGAGGAGAUGAUGCAGCUGCAGCCAGACAUAGUGGAUGUGCAGAGACAACCGUGGAGGAGUGGAGAGGCCCUGGACACUCUCGAAGGAAAGGCCAUGGAGCUGUUCCGCAAACUCAGAGAGAAACCCAGAGACCAGAGGUGUGCAGGGGACAGUCAGGAGGUGGUGCGCCUGGUGGUUCAGGCGGUGCAGUUCUAUGAGAGGAAGCUCAGAGACUUCUACACACACCUCAGUAAGACCGCAGUGUGCCGCCAGCGUGUGAUGGAGCUGCUGCCGAAGGUGGAGGGCGUGGUCCAGAGGAUGGCUGAGAGCGAGCAAGUCCUGAUGGGUCUGCAGGAGAAACGACAGAGGGAGCUGUGGAACCUGCUCAAAGUCGCCUGUAGUAAAGUUCGCAGCCCGGUGAGUGGGAGUCCCGAUGGAUUACGAACCCCCUCUUCAGUGCCGCCUCUACUGACCCCCAGACACAGCUUACAUCAGUUUGACGAGUCUCUUGUGGAGGAGAGCAGGACAUUUGAGAGUCGACUUCAGAGUUUGCUGCAUGACACCAUCCAGGAAUCGGAGAGCAGUAUGGAGAUGUUGAGCGAGUGGACGUGGCUGCAUGGAAGCCAGAAUUUCUCCAGUGACCUCUCUUAAAUUGGGUUUCAUUCUUUGCUUACUUGUGGUACUUUACUGCCUCUGUGUGGAUGGGAUGUCAAACUACAAGAGGAGUUGGUAUUAGCUGUUUGUUUAACAAUGUGAAUAGUGUAAUAGCUGCUGGCACAUAUUUGUCUAAUGACAUUAAGAAGAGGGUAAAUCUACCCACACGCCUGACAGUGUAAACGAGGAAAAUGAAUGCCAACCUGUAGUGCACUGAAGCAAAUCUAUCUCUAAUUAGGAUUAACCAGAAUUUACUAAAGCAGGACGUUAUUUAUUUACCCAUUUGUAAUUUCAACAAAACAUUAUAUACAUUUUGGGGUAAAAUUACAUUUCUUUAUGCACAGAUCGACCGUUCCAGAUACAAACCAUUCAGAAAAUAUUCCCGCUAUGUUAAAACAACUGACACACAUAAAGAGCACAUUUUAUCCUCAAAAAAUAUUUCUUUAUAUUUCUUUCACUGUGUUUCAUGGACUUUUAUCAGGAAAGAUUAUAUUUUAAGAUUUAUGCACAAUCAUCCGAAAUAAACAGGAUUUUAGUUAUAUUCUACAGAUAUCUCUGCCUUGAACUGUUUGUUCUGAACUUAAAUGUAAGUGUUUAUCCGUUUUUAUGUGUUUCUCACUGGACCAUCAUUUUUUAUUGCAACUAUUUUAGUAUCAUUUAAUGAAAUGGGUAACAUGUAAAAUUAAUAUUACAGUAUAACUGUAUGUUGAAUGAUGUAUGAAAGUGAUCCUUUUUGGGGUUUUUUUACAUUCACUGAUAAUUACAUGGAGGGUGGCCACAAUAACAGGAACACUGGCACAAUAUGGUGCAGUCCAGUAUCCCUGCAAUAAUAAUUAAGUGUAAAUAAUUAAGAGGUUGGGUGUUUGUGGUUAUAGUCAAAAGCAACACAAAUCUCUUGGCUUAGUCCAAUAUGGUGAUAAAAACAGCCAAUUUCUAGUCUAAACUUCAAUUUUUAAACAUUUAAACCUUGUUUUACUCUAAACAGUGCAUAUGCAAAUAUUGAGCCAAUGUAUGGACUGUAGCAAACCUGUGAAAACAGCUACAAAACUAACCAAACUGACUUUUUAAUACCACCAUAUCGCCAUUAUAUUUUAAUCUAAUGUGACUGCUACAGCAAUUUGAUAUUGCACAGCUUCAUCUGAACGACUGGAGGCAGUCCUUACUGUAUAUAGAUAAUACAAAAUGAUAAGAAAUGUUAGUGUCAAGUGUCUGUGAUAUCUUGUCUCUUAUGUACAUACUCUGUUAAGAUUGUAAUGUCUGAAUAACAUAAUGUUAGACAUUUCUUUCAUCAUUUUCAAAGCAAAAACAGAAAUUUGUAUCUUGAAUACAGUAUUUUACUGUACUGUCAGUGAUGUUUUCUUUAAGAAAGAGGGCACAGGUUCUCCUCUAUCUUCACCUCUUUUAUGCCAACCAAAUCAAUAAUAAAGAAAACACAAGAACAUAGUGUUUUUCCAUUCUUUAUUCCAUUCAAUAAAAUCAGUUUGAGGUCCUAAAGGUUGACUAACUCCCCUAUACAAAGCACAGCACAGAUAAAGUGAAAUGUAGUGGUAAAGGCUGAACAGGUACAGGACACAAAACGAGACAAGACAAAGAGGUGACAAAGAGUUCCAAAUUGCCAUUGGCCCUUUUACCAAACAGGACCUGAAAAAUAGACAUUUAGGCAACUGCAGGUUCACAGUUUUUAACUGUGUUAUUGAGGUCAAAUGGUGGAAUCAAAGUCAGUCCACCCAGUCUGAGAAGGAUCAGCCACUCUUUGUCUUUUCUGCUUAAUUCUCUCCAGCUUUUAUUGCAUUUGUUUACAGUCACUGUACUUGUCAAUAGAAAACGUCCAUCUUGCCUUGAAAGCAUGCAACAAAACCACAAUAUACCAAAACAAGCUUCCUCUAAUAAUCAUAUUAAUGUCUAAAACCCAGAGUAUGUCUGAACAAAAAAUUAUCUGACCACACAGUCAAAAUAAGAAGGUGCUUCAAAUCUUAUUUCAGAAAGAAUACAGAUAUGUCUGAGACACAAAUGCUUUAUUAAAAGUGCACUUUGUCUGGUCAAACUGGUAAUGAGUAGCACAUUGGAGAACAGGGGUUUGCAUGAAUUUACCUGGUUGACAAGUCUGUUCUUUUGUUGUACUCUGAUAAUGUAUGCUCAAAAGUUGGUUGUGGGACCUGUAAAUAAUGUAAAAUUUUAAAAUAACCAACACAAAAUAAUGUCUGAUUUCUUUAAAAUUACAGUACUGGAGGUCCUGGAGGCUGCUUGGGGUUUCAGGGUUAAGGCCAAAGAAUGUGUGCAUAUGUGUGUAGGACUCAGAGGGAAGAUGUGUUUACGUGUCACUGAGUGGACCUUUUGCUGUGUUUUCACAUUUGGGUUCUUCAAUCUUCUCCUGGGUUGUUUUCCUCUCCUCUCGUCUGUCCUCCCAGUGAAUCUUUUUACGCCUCCAGCUCGAAACCCAUGCCGACUUUGUGUCCACCGCCGUUUACGUUCUUCCCGUCAA